CUCGUCUUUGACUUCAUGCUGUCUGACCUCUCUGAGGUCAUCAGGAACCACCGGCGACCUUUGACCCCAGCUCAGGUGAAAGGGUACAUGAUGAUGCUGCUGAAGGGCGUGGCCUUCCUGCAUCACAACAACAUCAUGCACCGGGACCUGAAACCAGCAAACCUCCUCAUCAGCUCCUCGGGUCACCUGAAGAUCGCAGACUUCGGUCUGGCCCGGCUGUUCAGCGAUCAGGGCGAGAGGCUGUACAGCCACCAGGUAGCCACCAGGUGGUACCGAGCUCCCGAGCUGCUGUACGGAGCCCGAAGGUACGACGAGGGAGUCGACCUGUGGGCUGUGGGGUGUGUUUUCGGAGAGCUGCUGAACUCGUCUCCUCUGUUUCCUGGAGAAAACGACAUCGAGCAGCUCUGCUGCGUCCUCCGAGUGCUGGGAACGCCGACGCAGGACAGCUGGCCUGAGAUCGUGGAGCUGCCGGACUACAAUAAAAUCACCUUUAAGGAGAAUCCAGCCAUCCCAUUGGAGGAGAUCGUCCCCGACACGUCCCCUCAGGCCCUCGACCUGCUCUACCAGUUCCUGGUGUACCGGUCCAAACAGCGCUGCUCUGCCCGGCAGGCUCUUCUUCAUCCGUUCUUCUUCUGCUCUCCUCUUCCUGCUCAUCACUCGGAGCUGCCCGUCCCUUACAGGGGGGGCCGACCGCCCCGCCAGCGCCUCCAGGCUCCGCCCACCGACUUCUCCGUGGACCUGCCCCUGCAGAACAGCGUGGUAGACCCCUUGCUGCUACGGCCCCACGCCUGCUGCCUCUGA